ACAGGCCAGUUCUCCCCACCCUGGGCCUUUGGGUGACUCUAGUGAUCCAGUCUUACAGCGAGAAAUCCUCCCUAGCUCAGCGGUCAUCAUGUCGAUGACCUCCUGCUACCAGCAUAAGCUGACCGAGAAACUCACCAUCCUAAAUGACCGAGGGCGUGGGGUUCUCAUUCGAAUUUAUAACAUCAAGAAGACUUGUUCAGACCCUAAAUCCAAGCCACCGUUUCUCCUGGAAAAGUCCAUGGAAUCAUCUGUCAAGUACAUCAGCAAGAAAUUCCCCAACAUAGAUGUCCGAAGCAGCACGCAACACUUAGGACCUGUUCACAGGGAUAAAGCAGAGAUUGUCAGAUUCCUCACCAGCUAUUACCAAUCAUUUGUAGAUGUCAUGGAAUUUCGGGAUCACGUAUAUGAGCUUCUCAACACCAUUGAUGCCUGCCAGUGCCAUUUCGACAUAAACCUCAACUUUGACUUUACUCGGAGCUACUUGGACCUAAUUGUGACCUACACUUCAGUUAUCUUGCUGCUGUCACGGAUUGAGGACCGGAGGGUACUCAUUGGCAUGUAUAACUGUGCCUUUGAGAUGACACAGGGGCACAGUGACCCCAGCUUUGCUCGUUUGGGCCAGAUGGUUUUGGAAUAUGAUCAUCCCCUCAAGAAGCUGACAGAGGAGUUUGGCCCCCACACAAAGGCUGUUAGUGGGGCCCUCCUCUCCCUGCACUUCCUCUUUACUCGAAGGAACCAGGGUGCUGAGCAGUGGCGGAGCGCCCAGCUUCUGAGCCUCAUCAGCGCUCCCCCAACCAUGAUCAACCCUGCCAGCUCAGAUACGAUGGCCUGUGAGUAUCUCUCCUUAGAGGUGAUGGAACGUUGGAUUCUUAUAGGGUUCCUCUUGUGCCAUGGGUGCCUUAAUGCCAACCCCCAAUGCCAGAAACUGUGGAAGCUGGGCCUGCAAGGCUCCUUGUACAUCACCCUCAUCCGAGAGGAAGUACUUCAGGUACACAAGGUCACUGAAGACCUGUUUGGCAGUUUGAAAGGGUAUGGCAAACGAGUGACAGAUAUAAAGGAAAGCAAAGAGUAUGUGGUGAAUAACAGUGGCCAAUUUCAUUGCCAGCGCCGACAAUUUUUGAGGAUUGCUGCGAAAGAGCUGGAGACUGUGUUAAUGGAUGAACCAGGACUCCUGGGUCCCAAGGCCCUUUUGGCCUUCUUGGCUCUGUCCUUUAUCCGGGAUGAGGUCAACUGGCUGAUUCGCCAUGCAGAAAAUGUCACCAAGACAAAGACGCCGGAGGACUAUGCUGACCCGCAUAUCGCAGAACUGCUUUUCUUGCUGGAGGAGUUGAGAGGUCUGAUCCAGAGACACAUCAAAAUCAUACAGCGCUAUCACCUUCAAUACCUUGCCAGGUUCGAUGCUCUUGUGCUCAGUGACACCAUCCAGAACCUGUCAGUCUGCCCGGAAGAGGAAUCCAUCAUCAUGUCUUCCUUUGUCAGCACUCUCUCCUCUCUUAACCUCAAACAAGUUGACAGUGGAGAAAAGUUCGAUUUUUCUGGACUGAGGUUGGAUUGGUUCCGACUACAGGCAUAUACCAGUGUGAGCAAGGCCCCCCUGCACCUGUAUGAGAAUCCUGACUUGGCCAAGGUGAUGAAUCUCAUAGUCUUCCAUUCUCGAAUGUUGGACUCGGUGGAGGAGAUACUGGUGGAGACCUCUGAUCUCUCCAUCUUUUGCUUUCAUCUCCGUACCUUUGAGAAGAUGUUUGCUUCAACCCUGGAGGAGCCUACCAUGCUGCGCUAUGCCAUUGCCUUCCCCCUGAUCUGUGCCCAUUUUGCCAAUUGCACCCAUGAGAUGUGUCCAGAGGAGUAUCCCCACCUGAAGAACCAUGCCCUUCACUACUGCAAUUCCUUCCUGGAAGAUCUGGCUAAGCAAACGAGCAACUGUGUCCUGGAUAUCUGUGCUGAGCAGCGAAAUCUGAGUGAGCAGCUGCUGCCUAAGCACUGUGCCACCACCAUCAGCAAAGCCAAGAAUAAGAAGACCAUGAAACAUAAGCAGACCCCUAAAAAGGGAGAACCUGAGAGGGAUAAGCCAGGAGCUGAGAGUCAUCGAAAGAACCGCAGUGUUGUUACAAAUAUGGACAAGCUACACUUGACCUUGACGGAGCUGGCCCUGACCAUGAACCAUGUGCACAGUUUCUCUGUUUUUGAACAUACCGUCUUCCCUUCUGAGUAUCUCAGCAGCCAUCUGGAAGAAAGGCUCAACAGAGCCAUGGUGUGGCUGGCCAGCUACAAUGCCACGACCCAGGAGAUUGCAAGACCCUCUGAAGUACUGGCAGGUGUCAAGGCAUACAUUGGUUUCAUCCAGUCACUGACCCAGUUCCUGGGUGCAGAUGCUUCUCGGGUUAUCCGGAAUGCCCUUCUGCAGCAGACACAGCCGUUGGACUCCUCUGGGGAGCAGACCAUUACCACCCUCUAUACCAACUGGUACCUGGAGAGCCUCCUGAGACAAGCCAGCAGCGGGACCAUCGUUCUUUCCCCAGCCAUGCAGGCUUUCGUCAGCAUCCCCAGGGAGGGGGAGCAGAGCUUCAGUGCUGAAGAGUUCUCUGAUGUUUCUGAGAUGCGGGCUUUGGCUGAGCUCCUGGGACCCUAUGGUAUGAAGUUUCUAAGUGAGAACCUGAUGUGGCACGUGACUUCCCAGAUUGUGGAGCUGAAGAAGCUGGUGGUGGAAAACAUGGACGUGCUGGUACAGAUUAGGUCCAAUUUCAGCAAGCCGGAGCUCAUGGCCUCUCUGUUGCCCCAGCUGACUGGAGCUGAGAAUGUGUUAAAAAGAAUGACCAUAAUUGGGGUCAUCCUCAGCUUUAGGGCCAUGGCCCAAGAGGGCCUCCGAGAGGUUUUCUCUUCCCACUGCCCAUUCCUCAUGGGCCCUAUUGAGUGCCUGAAGGAUUUUGUUACCCCAGAUACAGAUAUAAAGGUGACUAUGAGUGUCUUUGAGCUGGCCUCUGCUGCAGGUGUGUGCUGUGACAUCGACCCCACCUUGGUGGCUGCCAUUGCCAACCUGAAAGCAGACACUUCGUCUCCUGAGGAGGAGUACAAGGUAGCCUGCUUGCUCCUGAUCUUCCUUGCGGUUUCAAUCCCUCUCCUUGCCACAGACCCCUCUUCUUUCUACAGCAUAGAGAAGGAUGGCUACCACAACAACGUUCACUGCCUGACCAAAGCCAUCAUCCAGGUGUCCGCAGCCCUGUUUACUCUUCACAACAAGAACAUCGAGACUCACCUCAAGGAGUUCCUGGUGGUGGCCUCUGUCAGUCUUCUCCAGCUGGGACAGGAGAUGGAUAAACUAAAGUCCAAGAAUCGUGAAUCUAUUUCUUUGCUUAUGCGCUUGGUGGUGGAAGAGUCCUCUUUCCUUACCCUGGACAUGCUGGAGUCCUGCUUCCCCUAUGUUCUGCUCCGAAAUGCUUACAGAGAGGUUUCCCGUACCUUCUAUCUGAGCAGAAUGUCUGCCAAUGCCCACUGAGGGGACUGCUGGACCUCUCCCCCUCCUGUGGUGUAAUGGAGACUGGCAUGCUGGAGGCCAAACAAGCCUUACUUCCACUCUGGGCCAGGCUGCAGAAACAGAAGGGACUGGUGGGAGAGAAAGGAACAGGGAAGAGGGAGGGUCAGUGUGGGCUGAUGGGUGAGGGGUGAUCUCAGAGCAAAAGGGGAGGGUAACGGGAAAACUUAGGGUCCGGGGGUUCCCCUUUGUGAAAUUUACAUGUGUGAUAUACAGAUGAAGUGCAAACCCAUAGACAAAUGAGCUUCUCUUUCUUCUGGAGAGAGCUUGGGGCUUGACUGGUGUCUGGUCCGUCCACCCUUCAUCCCCACUGUUUAUGGCUAUUCCAGUAUGAUGCUAGUCCAACAGAGGUGAUCAAUCAUCAUAUAAACCAUAAUGAUUUUAUAAUCCUCCCUCUGGAGCUUCCAUUGUCUCCCGCACAUUCAUUAGGGCAAUUAUCUCCUCUCUUCCUCUCACAAAUCUGUUCAGCAAACAGCCUGCUCCCACAAGCCUAGUAACUGAAGACCAGUAGCCUCCCACCGGGGACCCUGCACAGGUGACUGUCCCACCCCCAGCUCCAAUGCCUCCUCUGUCUGGUGACCCAUUGGACCUUCGGGCUGCGAGACCCCUGCAGGGGUCAUUGAGUCCCUCAAGCAGCUUCCCUGGGCAGCCACAACGGGGCUGGUCCUUUAAUUUUCUACUGAAGCCCACGAUCUUAGAUUUAGAGUUGGUAGAAGGGACCUUAGGGAGUCAUCUGGUCCAAUCUCAUUUUACAGAUGAGGAAACGGAGAGCCAGAGAGAAAAAAAAGACCUUGGGAAGGUCAUAGUGGCAGGGCCAAGGGCAAAGAGGACCUCUCCUCUGCCAACUCAGUUGUCUAUAAUAGAUGGGAAAAUGUUGCUUUUUUUGUGCCCUUAAUCUCCUCUUUACUUCUUUAAAACCAUAGCAGCUCAGAGAGGGGCCUAUGGCCCCUAACCACCUUGUACCUCAAAGGUACAGAAGGACUGAGACCCCCAGGUCUCCGUACUGCCCUAGGGCAAAACUCUUUCCUUUCUGGUCACCAGAUAAUUCACCCUCCUCCCUGGGGUGGGGGGAGCCUUGGGCAGGGAUUUCCCUUUCUGUGUCUCCGUUCUCAUUAGUCUGAGCCCAGGCAUCCUUCAGGGAGCUGAAUUGUUUCAACUUUAGCCUUUUCUGCACUAAUUGGAGUUUCAAUUGUCAGGGAGCCUGGGGCAUUCCAGAUAGCACUGGACUUUGUUAGCAAAUAACUGCCUCCAUCUGUCAUUUCCUUGCAGCUUCUGCUAGGGAAGAGUCCAGGCCACUGAUCUAGAGUGGUGGGAAGAGAACAAUUAACAAGAGGAUUAAUUGGGGUUCUAAAUAUAUUACUGUGGUGAAUGGGGAAUCACUGAGUUUUAGUGAAACCAUUUUGGACUUCAUUAAAAAUCUGUACCUUCA